UACUGUCAGGAUUGCAUCUUUGCCUUAAAACUCUGGUCUUUCCCAUGUACUGUACCUACACAUUCCGAAGUGCUCUGUGUCUUUGUUUCAGUGUUUUUGUUCGUCAUGAAGAAACGACAAUACAUGUGCGCCCACAACUUGCCUAAUCCAGCCAAUUGCACGCGAUGGAAGCGAGGUAAUAAUAGUGUUGGUACUGUAUAUGGACCGAAGUUGAGUGUAUGCGACCUGCCGUCAUGACCCGUCUUCUGCUUCCCAUGAGGUUCUCCUCUUCAGCCAUCUCCCUCGAGGAAAAUGCGAGGAACUUAUUAGCGAACUGCCUCCAUCUAAGCGUCCGAUGGCUUUGAUAUGUGACUAUACCGUCGAGGAUGGCUUUAAAAUGGUUUUGCGUAGUCCGGACGAUCUUAAGAGGCCAAAGCGCAUGGACGAUGUCUCCAAUCCGCCUUUCACUGCUGGCAUUCGUACAAAUGCAACCCGCGCUGCAUAUGAUCGGCUCAAACGCUUGAGAGCCUUCAAUGCCUCUUUUCGUAUUCGUAUACCUGCACGCAAGAAUGUGGCCCGUCAUGGGACUACCUCUGUAGUACUGUCAUCCCGAUCUGCGUCAGUACUUCAAGUCCCUUCUGCUGACGUCUCAACAGUAAGGCGACGGGCAAGCUCUGCACUGCGAUCUGUAUUCAAAACAUCCUCAUAUGGGACUGUGUCCGCUACAUGGACGGAGAGAACUUCGUUCAAUAACAGGUCUCAAGGUGCACUAGUCAAGGUCUCUUUGAGGAAUGCAACACAACCAUGUGCACGCAAGGCCGAGCGACAUCAUGGAGCCUUUGGAUGUCGUGUUCCUGUGGAAGUUGCUGCAAUAAAAGACUUUGAGCUUCCAGCAUGGAUCGUAUCCUCAGUGACACGGAGCCGUCGACGGAAGCGUGUAGAAUUAUCGCUGAGAAGGAUAGCGAAUCGAACUUCGAUCAGCUCGUCGAAUGUUGAUAUCGACACGAGUGACAAUUCGGCAGCUCAUGCACCACCAUCAGAGGGCACACGAUUACCUGCUUCGCCGGUGGGUAAUCAAGAGGGAGAAUGUGAGGCAAAGCUGCUUCCUGACGUGUCAUUUUCGGAGGGCUCGGAUGACGAAAUUGAAGCCAAUGCCGUAGAACUUGAACUCGCCUCGCAGGAUGUCAGUGAUAUGGUAGACGAGUCUCAGACAGUUAUCAGGCAACCCAAUCAAGAAUGCGAAUCAGUCGCAUAUUCUUCUUUUGAAGAUUCACAAUCUCCGGGAUCUUCCAUUGAUAACUUUUCUGGCCCUGCACCAUCCAUUGCCAGUCGUUCGCCUGACGCAGAGAGGUCGUCAUCCCGUCAGCCACGGUUGGAUGAUUUGCCCAAGUCAUCAGGUUCUCCAGACCCUCAGAGAGACUUCUCUCCGUUACAUUUGUCUCUCGCGGAGUAUGAACGCACUUUGUCCCCCGAUAUACUCAAUGAUUCUCUUGUGCUCGCUGGCGCAAAUAUUGGAAGACCGCCUGCAACCAGUGUCACUAUACAUCCCUAUGGUCCUUCUCCGAUAGAUCAAGCAUUUGCACUCGCUUUCGAAAGUGCGCUAACGUCAAGUGGCUAUGCAGUCAAUCCCAGCGGUUCACAUGUUGAAGGCCCUCCGUUACCACUACCGACCGUAAUCCAUGAAUUAUCUCCGAACAUGUUCAGCUUGGAGCAUGCUCCAAAUGUAACUUUUGGCCGUUCGACUGUUGUUACCCACGAUACUCUUGCAGAUCGAUCCGUAGGAUCGUCGAAUACUGUUGCUCGAAGUCCAACGUCUGUCAUUCCUACCACUACCUAUUCAAUACCCGCUCGCGAAGCAGAUCAGCCGACACCUUCACCUUCCCGGUCGCUGUGUGACACACGUUCCCCAGCAACCCCGUCUACGGCACCUCUUGAUGCAUUCCUCACUAACCUGAGCGAGCCACUCCCACACCUCUUAGGUGUAUUCGAGAGUAUGGGCUUCAAGAGUGAUCAUCGCAUCGAUGUGCUCUCCCUAACACCAGACAUCUGGCCUAUGGUUGCUGCCGAAAUCCAGGCAAAGAGUAACCUAUCGGAUUGGUCUCUUGUGAAGGAGGGAUUGGAAGCGCGUGCGAAAAGGCUAGGGAAAGCACCACAAUCGAUCUGGACCUAAGCCGGGAGACUGAUUAAGACAACUCUUGCAAGACGAACAUGGGAAGAGCCCUUAUGUACUGCUAUGACUUCUCGUUAACGGACAAAGGACUAGAAAGAUACGAAGGAUGCUAAUUGUAAAUAUUCCACUUUGCAUUUAUAAAGGCCGUUGUAAAGUAAGUCAGGAGCUAUCACUUUCACCCUCAUCUCCCCAAGUUGCCAUCAGUUGAGUUUCUUUAUUUACAUGCGUCUAGAUUCGCGAAGCAUGAUAUCUUGUUCUAUUACUUAUAUGAAGUGGCGCGUUUCGGGCAUGC